AAGUGGGUGGUGUGAAAUACAAAAUGAUUCCGAGAGAGAUGACGUCUUGCUACUCUGCAAACUUGUUAUUUCCUUCUCUUCACUUUUCUUCUUCUUCAUCCAUUCUCGGCUAUGCUAAUCAUACUUCACUAGCUUACCGGCCCUACUUCAGUCGUGAUGCCUCGCAGGCGAAGAUUAAUCGGCGCCUUUCUUUUUCUUUUUCUUCUGCUUCGCUGCCGUUCGACCUUUCUCCUCCUCCCAUCGACCACGACCUCCUCGAUACUAUGACAGUUGCUGGGGCAAAGGUAUCAGAAGAUGGGGUAAUAGGAACAUUCGAUAAUGACGAGGAGGCAUUAGAUGCUGUUGAGAAUGGUGUCGUGGUUGUGGAUCUUUCACACUAUGGCAGGAUAAGAGUUAGUGGAGAAGACAGGCUUCAGUUUCUUCACAACCAAAGUACUGCUAAUUUUGAAAUUCUCCAUGAAGGGCAGGGAUGUGACACUGUUUUUGUGACGCCAACUGCUAGAACCAUCGAUAUUGCCCAUGCCUGGAUUAUGAAAACGGCAAUCACAUUGGUGGUCUCUCCAGUGACCAGGGAAAGAAUAACUGAUAUGCUUAAGAGGUACAUAUUCUUUGCAGACAAAGUUGAAAUUCAAGAUAUUACCGAGCAAACAUCCUUGUUAGUACUAGUAGGGCCUACAAGUAAUCAGAUAAUGGAAGCUCUGAGUCUUGCUGACAUAGUUGGACAACCAUAUGGAUCACAUAAGCAUUACAGUGUAAAUGGGAUGCCAAUAACUGUGGGAGUGGGAAAUAUCAUCUCUGAAGAAGGUUAUUCACUACUGAUGUCUCCAGCUGCUGCUGAGUCGGUCUGGAAAGCUCUUCUAGGUCAUGGUGCUAUCCCAAUGGGUUCUAAUGCGUGGGAAACUUUAAGGAUACUUCAAGGAAAACCAGCUCCUGGUAAAGAGCUCACAGAAGAGUUUAAUGUUCUGGAGGCUAAUCUGUGGAAUGCUGUUUCUCUGAAUAAAGGGUGCUAUAAGGGCCAAGAAACCAUUUCUAGGCUUGUAACUUAUGAUGGCAUCAAGCAAAGGCUAUGGGGAAUACGUGUAUCAUCCGCUGUGGAACCUGGUAGCACUAUCUCAGUCAAUGGGAAAAAGGUUGGCAAGGUGACGAGUUUCACAACUGGUAAACGAGCCUCUCAGCCCCUCGGACUUGGCUAUAUUAAGAGGAAAGCUGCUUCUGAGGGAGACCGUGUAAUUAUUGGUGAUGAUGUUGAGGGUACAGUGGUGGAAGUGCCUUUUCUCGCUCGUCAAAUCCCUCCAUCCUAGAGCUGAACAUAGACAGCAUGUAUCUUCUCUCUGUAUCAGCAAAUGUAGCAUAUGUGAUAUUACAACUUACCUUUGCCUCCAAAGAAGGCUUAUAUGUGGUAGCACAUCGACAUUGUGACAUCCACUAUCUCAUUUGAGUUCUUGUCCUGUUAAUGGCUCUACCAAAAGCUAGACGAUAGCUCCCUUGAAGACCCCUUACCAGAUCUUUUGAGCCGUUUAACAUUUUUGCUUCAUUGAAGUUGUCAUUAUAUCCAACUGAUGGCCCCUCCGUCCGCACUCCUGAAGAAAGGAAAUCAGGGAGCCAAGUGCUUUAACACCUAUGGAGGUGAGUAGAAAAAAGAUUCAUAUGUGUAAUAGAAGAAUAUUUGGAACACUCUUUCGGUAUUGUCAUGCAUUUACCAUUAACCUAUUGACUUUUUUUUAUUAUUGAGAAUUUAGUUAUCAACUUGACCUCA